GAAGGGCGGUGCUGCGUUCUCGAGAAGAGCACUACUUCCACACUACAUUAAUUCACAUCUUCUUCAUCGACGUUUCAGAACACACACGCACACGCGUUCUUCACCUAGCGCAUCACAACGGAAAUGGCAACCGAGGGAGUUUCCGCGCCUGAGAAGGUGUCGUCGACGUCCUCUGCGGACGAGGAGAGCUACGGCCUGUUGUACGACGGCACUCGGUUUCGCGUUCCUGACACGAUGUCGGUCAUGACGGCGCUUCUGACUCCCAAGUCGUGGAAGAGUCCGGCGACGCUGAUUUGGGUUGCGGCGUGGUUUUCGGUCGGCAUGACAGGCGUUUUUUACUUCAACAAGACGCUGCCGCUGUGGUUCUUUUGUGCCCAAUUUGCAUUCUGGCGUCUGGUGUACAACAUCGGCAUCGGGGCGAUCCUCCACUACCAGUCGCGGUACGGCUCCUUUCUCAAGUUUUACCGUCGCACCGUCCACGGCCACUCGUGGAUGCAGCGCCUUCUUGAGGCCUCGAUCGUGUUCGAAGACAACACUGAGUACAAGGUGUCAAAGUUCCCCGACGAGUUCAACGCGUGGAUGCUCUUUCGCCAGAUUGAAAAUGUCGUUCUGGCCAACGACCUCAUCUCCUACUGCGUGCUCUCGGUGGUGUGCUGCGAGAAGCUAAGCCUGACGUCACCGGUCGACCUCCUGUGCUUUGUCUUUGGCUGCGUCACCAUCGCAUUUGCGCUGUGGAGCAAGUCCGAUGCACACCGCGUCGUCGGCGACUUUGCGUGGUACUGGGGCGACUUCUUCUUUCUGCUCGACAAGAAUCUCACCUUUGACGGCAUCUUUCAGAUGUUCCCGCACCCCAUGUACACCGUCGGCUACGCCUUCAUGUACGGCGUGCCUGUGAUGACCAAGUCGUACACGCUUUUCUACAUGAGCGUUUUUGGCCACCUCUGCCAGCUGGCGUUUUUGGCCUUUGUCGAGAACCCGCACAUCGACCGCACCUACAACGUGUUGUCCUCGCCCACGCCCGAGGAGCAGCAGCGCAACGCGGUUCUGUACGGCAACGGCAAGGACGCGUAUCUGGAGCACAAUGAGCUGGUGGUGUUUCUGCACUUCAAGGUCUUCCGCGCCAGCGACCUGUUGCUCGCUCUGACAGUCAUCUACCUUCUUGCCACGCUUCUACUGCCCCUCCCGCCGUGGCUCUACGCGGCGCACGUGGUGGCGUGGCGGCUCUUCCAUAACGGUUUCCUCGGGUAUCUUCUCAAGAUGGAGUCGCAGGAGAAGUGGUUCUCGCGGCAUUACGCGGACCCGCAGGCCGCCUUCAACAACUGGAAACGCAUUUACAACGCGAGCGUCACCAUCACGAACUUGUCGUACUGCCUGUGUGCGAUCAAGUACUUCACGUGGGUGAUGCCGCUCUUCGGCGGCGGCGAGGCGCGCUACUUUGUGAUGAUGGUCGGCGCUUUACUCGUUGGUAUCAACGCGUACGUGAGUUUGAGCAUCUACGAGGCGAUCGGUGACUACGGUUACUUCUACGGCGACUUUUUUAUCGAGGAUGUUCCCGCGAGGCUCAAUUACAGCGGUGUGUAUCGCUACCUUAACAACCCCGAUUCGUCUCUUGGCAUGUCGGCCUACUACGGUGUCGCACUCAUUUCAGGCAGCCCCACGGUGCUGGCCGUUGCGAUCAUCUCCCACUCCUUCGCGAAGCUCUUCGAGUUGGUGGUCGAGAAACCGCACAUGCGGAAGCGCUACGGCGAUCAGCUGCGAGUAGCGGGCGGCAUGCAGACCGAGCUUAUCCGGCGCAUGAAGAUCUCAAAGGCAGAGUACGUAAAGAAGAUGCGCGCGUUGCGUGCCAAACUGGACCGUAAGAAGGCAGAAUAA